AUGGUUAAUGAUGGUUAUUCGAUGAUGGAUACUAAUACCAACAUCAAUUCAAAUAAGGAUGUAUCAAAUGAACAUGAUUAUGAAAAAAAUGAUGAUACUCCAAAGUCAUUCCAUAAGAAAUUAUUCAAAAUUAAAUUAUUUAAUGGUAUAAUUAAAGAUCUUCAAGAUAGAUUACCUUUAUAUAAAUCAGAUUGGUUAGAUUCAUGGAAUUAUAGAGUUAUCCCUGCAACUAUUUUAACUUUUUUCACAAAUAUUUUCCCAGCUAUUGCAUUUGCUCAAGAUAUGUUUGAUAAAACUGAUAAUUCAUAUGGUGUUAAUGAAGUUUUAUUAAGUUCUGCAAUUGGUGGUAUUGUUUUUGGAAUUUUUAGUGGUCAACCAUUAACUAUAGUUGGAGUUACUGGUCCUAUAACAAUUUUUAAUUAUACAGUUUAUGAAAUUAUGAAACCUCAUUCCAAAGAUGCAAAAUUUUUCCCAUUUAUGUUUUGGAUUUCAAUUUGGGGUAUGAUUUUCCAUUUUGUAAUUUCAAUAACAAAUUGUGUUAAUGCUUUAAAAUUUGUUACUCAAUUUCCUUGUGAUAUUUUUGGAUUAUUUAUAAAUAUUGUUUAUUUACAAAAAGGUGUUCAAAUUCUUACAAGACAAUUCCAUCCUGAGGAUAAUGGUUCUUCAGGUUUUGCAUCAUGUACUUUAGCUAUAUCAAUGGGUAUAUUAGGUGUUACUGGUAAUCUGGCAAAUAGGACAAAACUUUUCAAUUAUCAUAUAAGACAAUUUAUUGUUGAUUAUUCAACACCUGGAUUAAUUGUGUUUUUCACUGGAUUUAUACAUUUUGGUGGAUACUUGGAUAAUGUUAAUUUUGAAAAAUUACCCAUCACAAAAUCAUUUAGACCCACAUUAAGAGACAAUUGGAUUGAUGUAACAGGAUUACCAAUAAAAUAUAUUUUUUUAGCAUUACCAUUUGGUAUUAUAUUAGCUAUAUUAUUUUAUUUUGAUCAUUCAAUAUCUUCAUUAAUGGCUCAAGAUUUAAAAUUUAAACUGAAAAAACCUGCAUCAUUCCAUUAUGAUUUAUUUUUAUUAGGUAUUGUUACUGGUAUAUCAGGAGUUUUAGGAAUUCCAUGCCCCAAUGGACUUAUACCACAGGCUCCAUUACAUACAGAAUCUUUAGUAAUUAGAAAUAAAUUUAAUAAUGAAAUUAUUGGAACUGUGGAACAAAGAUUUACAAAUACAGUCCAAGGUUUAAUGUUAUUGGGUAUGAUGACAAGACCUUUAUUAAUUUGUUUAGGUUUAAUACCACAAUGUGUCCUUGCUGGUUUAUUUUUCAUUAUGGGUACUACAGGAUUAAUUAAUAAUGAAAUUAUAAAUAGAAUUAGAUUUAUAUUUUCACAAGAUGAUUCCCUAAAUUUAAAAUUUGUCCCCAAGAGGAAAUUGUAUUUAUUUGUUUGUUUUUCAUUAAUUGGAUUCAUUGCAGAAUUUGGAAUUGUUAAUACAAAAGGUGCAAUUGGAUUUCCUUUAGUUUUAUUAUUAAGUGUUAUUGGUGCAAUGUGGUUCAAAUGGAUUUUCACUGUGGAAGAAUUAGAAAUUUUAGAUGGACCAGUUGCACAUGAAAAUACUUUAAAAAAUUUAUUAUGA